AUGAAUCGAUUCAAUCCGAUUCCUCUCGUCCUCCUCAUCUCCACCUUCCUCUUCUGCCUCGCCUCCGUCCCCACCGUCCGAUCCGACCCCCAAUUCUCCUCCGCCAUCCGAUUACCUUCCGACGCUACCCAUCAAGAUCCAUGCGGCCAAUCACUGGAGAAACCCUCUUCCUGCCCCGUCACCUGCUUUCGAACCGACCCCGUUUGUGGGGUCGACGGUGUUACGUAUUGGUGUGGAUGCGCCGAAGCACGAUGUAACGGUGUGAAAGUUGCCAAAUUAGGGUUUUGUGAGGUCGGUAAUGGAGGUUCUGCUCCUCUCUCAGCUCAGGCUCUGCUUUUGGUACACAUAGUUUGGCUCAUUGUUCUUGGAUUCUCAGUCUUGUUCGGUCUUUUCUAA